AUGAACCUGAUCGCCGCAGGAAAACACUGUUCAACGUCCGAGUACUGUUCACUGUUCACUGCCAGAGUAUUGUUCACUGCCGGAGUUAAUGUUCACUGUUCACUGCCGGAAUUAUUUUCACAGAGUCCUGAAACAGGAGCAGAGAAGAGGGGGAACAAGAAAAGAAAAAGAAAAAAGAAAAAAAGGAGAGAGAGAGGGCUGGCCGGAAAAUGGUGCCGGAAAAAGUCUCCGGCGAUGACGCAGCUGUCAACAAUUUUCUUUCUCCAAUCCAAUCCAUGUCUAUUUCCCCCAAUCUCAUCACUUCACCAUCCCUUAAACCCUUUUCUUUACAUCCAACUAAAUCAACCUUCUUUAAAUCCAUCAUCACUAUUCCAAGAAUCUCCACCAAAAAAUCCAUUAUCAUCUCUUCAGCCUAUUCAACAACUCCCACCAAAACUUCAAGAAAUCAUCAAACUCUUUCAAGCAGUUGAACAACCAAAAGCUAAAUAUCAACAACUUUUGUUUUAUAGCAACAACUUAAAACCACUUGAUGCUCGCUACAAGACUAAUGAAAACAAGGUUCAGGGUUGUGUUUCACAGGUUUGGGUUAGGGCGAAUUUUGACUCGGAGAAAAAUGUAAUCUUUGAGGCUGAUUCUGAUUCGGUACUCACUAAAGGUCUUGCUGCUUUGUUAGUUCAAGGACUUUCUGGAAGACCCGUAGAAGAGAUUAUAAAAGUUUCCCCUGAUUUUGCUGUUCUUUUAGGAUUGCAACAAAGCUUAACACCUUCCAGGAAUAAUGGGUUUCUAAAUAUGUUGAAGUUAAUGCAGAAAAAAGCGUUGCAGUUGUAUGUCGAAGAUGAGAAAAAUGCUUCUGGUUUAGGCCCUCAGAGCGAAUUAUCAAAUGAUGCCUCGACUGAGCGAAUUAAUGUUAAUGGAAAUGUCGAGUCUGGAACCAUUCCUAAAGUUAGUGGAAACAAUAUAAAUGUUGGUACUGUUGAUGAUGGUGUUUUGAGGAGUAGAGGGAUGAGAAUAAAGGAGAAAUUAGAGAAGGAACUUAGGCCGGUUGAAUUAGAAGUUGAAGAUAUAUCGUAUCAGCACACGGGGCAUGUUGGGGUGAGAGGUAGCGAUGGAGAGACGCAUUUUAAUUUAAACGUGGUUUCAGAGGAAUUUGAAGGUAAGAGUUUGGUGAAGAGGCAUAGGAUGAUUUAUGGUUUAAUACAAGAUGAGUUGCACAAUGGAUUACACGCAUUGUCAAUUGUGGCGAAGACACCGUCCGAAGUUGGUAGUAGUUAAAUUGUUGGCAUCAAGAGAGGUCUGGUUCUUUCUGUCCUGUAAUUUAUUGACAUUUAUACCUCAUACUAGCUAGUAGCAUGACCCCCUGAGAAGUAGGUAGCUAUGGAUUAUGAUGAAGAGUCUUGAUUGUUUGUUUUGUUACAUUAAUCUUAAUAAGAUAGUUAUGGAAGAAUUGAAUACUAAGGUUUUUUUUUUCCUCCCAAGAAACAGAUUAAUACACAGCUUCAAUUAUCUAUCUACUGCAGUAAUUUGGUUGCUUCAAUCUUAUCAAUUUUCUCAAUGACACACUUAGACUUGUGUUUGGACCUGCUAACCAACUUCAAGAAUGAUAAAACUAGGUAUUUGGGACGUCUCUAGACUUCCUAACGUUGCCGUCAACCGCCACGUCCCGGUUCAGGAAUUUUAACCCGAUUCCCUUUUGUUUAAAUUAUUACCCAGCAAGCAAUAAAUAUUUUAUUUUUAUCAUGUACAUUGAUGUAGCAAUUUUGUUUUCUAG